AUGUCUACAGACGACCAGAACGAGGCAAACCAUCAGGACUCGAAAACAUCGGCACAAGACAUUCCUCCGCACGCAAGAGAAGAUGCACACUCGUCUACUCCGGUCGAAAUGAAGAGUCUACAGACCGAUAGCACAAUAGGGAGCACCUUGGCCCAGCACGAAACACAUAGAUCGAACAGCGGUACUCAAAUGCCGCAUCCUACCAUGCGGACUAAUACCACAACUGCAUUGCAGAGUGCCGAAAACCCUCCUCCUCCUCCACUUCCCAAUACUCCCUCUCCAAGACUAGACCGUACGGUAUCGACAGCGAUCGGACCGUCGUCAGAUACGCCUGCACCGAUCGCAAAGGACUCGGCUCCCGCAGGCCCGACCCUUAUGCUCAACCUGCUAUUGCUCAACGGUGCGCGACAUCCUUUCAAUCUUGACGCUGUCUAUCUUGCGAAGCGAAAUGUACAAGCACAAGGAAACGAUCCUUUCAAUUUAAGCGUAUAUAAAGUGAAAGAGCUCAUAUUAAGAGAAUGGCGUUCUGAGUGGGAGUCUAAGCCUUCCAGCCCCAGCGCGAUAAGACUGAUACAUAUGGGAAAAGUCCUCGAUGACAAGACUGCCUUCAAAGAUCUCAAGUUGCAACAGCAAUUUCCAAACGUGGUCCACAUGAGCAUCAAGCCACAAGACUUUAUGGAAGACGAGGACGCAAAAGGCAGCAAGGCAACACGCAGUCACAGUCACGACGGCACAGACCGUAGGAGUCCUGGCUGUCGAUGCAUUGUCAUGUAA